UUCGAGUGAGCGGCGAUAACAUCAACACUGAGAGCGCGGAUGGAGAGACAGUGCGCGCGACGCUUCGUCUUAAAAAUAUAAGACUUUGUAUCCGAAUGUGGAAAAACAACACGAUAGGACCAUAUCGGAAAACAAAAUCGCCUGACUUCUGGUACGGACGACCACAGAAGUGACCAUUACGUACCGAUUAUGGAGCCGAAGGAGAAAAAGGGGGGCUAUCGUUUUCAGCUGCGUAUAUAGAAAAUCGGCGAUAUAUUUAAAAAAUAAUAAAUAAAAAUAGCGCUGGGUGCGAGGAAAAAUAUAGAAAAAUUCUGGAAAAUGCUGCAGGGUCCUACGAUUUGGAUUCAGCAAGGCUGCGGCGAAGAAUGUGUCAUUUUGGUGUUUUUUCACGUCGCUUUUUGAGCGGGAGUGACAGACGUGCUGCUGGCGCAGAUACACGCAGUUCAGAUGCAUCAGACACUGAACUCGGAACAGUCUGAACCGAGCGCGAGGAGCUGGAAGAGAAGAGAGAUCAUUGCUUUUCAGCUUUUCUUGGAAAUGUGAAUUGGAGUUCAGCAGUAUGGUUGCAAGCACGGGAAUUUCACCUUGUUAUGAGAGGAGUCCUUGUAAUGCACGCGUCAUGAAAACGAGCUGUGACAAAGUCAAGCGACUGUUGAGAAACGCGGACCGUGAAUGUGCGGUUGUGUGGACGCGCGCCUCGCGUGAGUGGGCGCGCGCGCGCGCUCUGUGCGGGACUUGUCGGUACUGUAGCAGCACAGAAUGGUUUGUGAGUUAUAACGGAGGUGCAGGCCGUACUGUGCUGCGGCAAGAGCGACAGGACAGACGCUCACUUCACAUUCAAACGGGUGAGAGAGAGGAAGGGAAAAGUAGACAAACAGCAGCAGCAGCAAGACUACGCCUGUAUGUGAGACUGUGAGUCUCCUGAACUUGGCCGUGUGACUUGACUGGCUGCCUGGCUGUAGCAGCACGUAAAUAUUGGAGUCAAAGCACUAGCGAAUCCUCCAGUAUUGACCGUGCUGCUGGAGUUAGGCGGGCCGUUUACCGUCCUCCGGGGUCCUUCAUCUCUUCAGGAAAGCACGAGAAGUACGGUUAAUUAACGAUGUAUGUAAAUGCCAGUGUUUUUUAUUUAUUUUUUAUGCUAUUAUGUACUGUGUACCUAUGACAUUACAGUUUGAAUACCAAGUUUGAUAUUAAAUUAUUAUAUAACAAACACAUUUGAAUCUGCUUUAGGUAAAAUCCAUCUCUUUAAUUAUUCAUUUAUAGUUAUACUCAUAUUUUUGUCGUGAUUUCAUUGUUGAUAAAUUUAUGUACAUGAACAAUGCAAUAAAGGAAAACAACAUUAAAAACAUUACAAUGAGAACAACUGUAUCAAGCCUAAUUAAUUAGUCAGUAGUUAUGUAUGCAUCUGAAGAUCCUCUCAAAUAAACGAAUCUACCACAGUUAUGUCGGUUAAACUCAAAAUGGUAAUCGUUAGCAAACAUCAAUAGGCCCAUAUCUGCAUUCACAUGAUCUUAAUAAUGAGCUGUUUUUUGAGUGUGAUCCUCAACCCACAUGUAUAUACAACUUAUAAUAAUGAGCACUUUAAUUAUUAAUUUUCCGGGUUUAAUUCAAGUUAAGCUAAAUCGACAGCAUUUGUGGCAUAAUGUUGAUUUCCAUUCGUUCCUCCUUUUAAAAAAAAAAAAAUAUCGAGGUUACAGUACUUAAAAUGGGAGUGAACGUGUCCGAUUUUUGGAGGGUUUAAAGGCAGAAAUUUGAAGCUUAUAAUUUUAUAAAUGCACUUACAUUAAUUCUGUUUAAACUUGUGUAUUAUUUGAGCUGCAAAGUUGUUUAACGCGUCAUUUCUACAGUCAUUUUAAGGUUUGUUGACAUUACAUCGUAAUGGAAACGAAGUUGUAAAAUUAGCUAUAACUUUACACAGAAAAGGUUUUUAAGUGAUUUUAUCACACUAAAAUAUUUACAUUCAUAUCCUUUAUGUCUUUUGGACAUUUGAAAAAGUUAAUAUUUUAACAUUAAAAAUAGGCCCCCAUUCACUUCCAUUGUAAGUGCCUCACUGUAAGCUCGAGUUUUGCUUUUUUUUUUUUUUAAAUAAAAGUUGGAACGACACGAAAUUAUUUUUGUGGUAAUCAACAUAACGCCACAAAUGCUUUCGAUUGAGCUGAACUUGUAUUGAACCCAAAACAUUCCUUUAACUGUCCUGAACGAAGUUAAAUCGAUCAAGCAGUUCUAAAAUAUGUUUCAUAUUCCAGUGUUGGGCAUCGAUACUUACUGACAUCAAUAAUAUACCUUCCAUCUUUAUUUUCACACGUUGCACUCUGAACAACGCAGCAUCGCCAUCUUCUGGGAAACCUUGAAUAGCUUGAGGUUUUCACAUCGACUCCUUUUCUCCUUUUAAGUUAGGAUUUAGGGGAGGGGUGCUGACAGAAUCACUUCGUGGAUCGGCCCCUUUUGGUACUUUGCGCUGUUUGUUUUGAUUCCCGCGUUUCUUCUCGGUAAGGGUCGUUAAUAUCAAGUAUAUUUACACUCCCUCUCCGUAACACUCGUUACCCUCGGGCGAAACUAUGACGGAAACCAUCCUUCAGAACUAUGUCCACCAACAGGCCAAGAACAUUCAGAAAAGUUUUAUCUGGAUCAAUUGCACAGCAAUCUGCCAAAUGGGCAUAGGAAAGAUGCCAAUGUAUUGGGGAAAUCAAACUUUUGAGGGUACUUCAACUGGCAUUGCCGAGACAUCCACAUGGCCAAAAAUCACAGAGUUGCAUCUGCCCUGAAUACAUUUUUAGUCCAAAUUAAAAACGCAUUUAGAAUUGACUUCAGAACAUUGUCAACCCAAAAAUAUGGCCACACAAAGACCCGCUUGUUUCAAUGCACCUGAACCCGAACCUACAGGGCAGAUUUCUGCUAUUCAUCUCAAGGAUGGAUGGCGAGGUUUGGUGGCGAUGAAUCGUAUUUUUGGUCAUUAUGUAAAAAACUUCUAGCCUCCAGUCCUUCUAAAGUUGAGCUGCUGGAUGAGAAGACUUUGAAGAAACUCUGAUUAUCUUGGAUGGUGAAGUGCAACUCCAGGACCUCACAUUGCUUAUGGCAGUUGUUCCUACUCAAAAAAACAUCAGAUGUGGUUGAAUUCAACCUCACGCAACAGUCUUUUCAUGCUGACCAAGUAAUUUGUCCACUUCUCAGGUAAGAAUAAAUAAAAUGCCCAAUCCCUUUCAAUAAACACCUGCCCUGCUGGAAAAUCCAGCUCAAGCUGGUAGCUGUGUUUUGGAGCAUGGUAGCCGGUACAAGCUGGUCCAAGUAGGUCCUUAGCUGGUUGACCAGCUACCAUGUUCCAAAAACCAGCUUGACCACCAUGAGUUGGUUUGACAAGCUGGUAGCUGGUUUCCCAGCUUGGACCAGCUAAAGAUCAGCUCAUGACCAGCUAGAAACCAGCUACUAUGUUCCAAAACAUAGCUACCUGCUUAAGUUGGAUUUUCCAGCAGGGUGGCCAUUUAAAAGAUUAAAAUUUGUGUUUGAAGCAUCCAGGAUUCGUGCUUCACUUGAGUUGGAUAUCUCCAUCUUGCUGACACUUGAUUGGUGAUUCAUUCUCCAACAUAGAAACAGUUUAAACCCUGACCUCCUAUUAUUAUUUUAUCUACUCAUUCUCAUAAUCUCACUUGGUCUACUGGAUAUUUGAUUGCUACUACAUCAAUGGUACACAAAAGGUGGCCUAUUGGAUGUUAAAACGGCUCUUUAACAGAUGCGCCAUUUAUUCUUAAGGGCUAUAUAAGUUUGAAUGUAUAUACAUAUUUUUAAACUUCCCCAACUGUAGGUUGCCAAACAAGUCAUUUUGUUCGUAAAAGUCAACGGAGCUGUCUGUUGGGUUCCUUCGAAAAUCUGUACUGAGAGAGAGGAAAAAAAAAAAAAGAUUAAUGAAGAGGAACUGUGCACGAAAAGCGUAAAGAUUACAGGCAUAAAGUUCCUGUCAGUCCAUGCUGAUAAAAGAUCAAUAUUUAUAGUCAUUUUAUUCCAUGUCAUUUUGAUUGGUCAAUGGUCAAUAAUGAUUAUGUAAGCAGUUAGUUUCAUGGUAGGCGAAUAACGGAAAAAGGCCUUGGGGGAAAAAAUGGCGCCAUUGGUACUGGUAAUUUCUGGUAUCUGACAUUGUUUUCUCUUCUACAGCAAUUGGAUUAAAAUUGAGUAGUUAUAACAUGAAAGCAAGAAAACACCCCUUAUUUGAUAUAACCUUGACAGGCUUUUGACAUCACCUCCACCUCCAUUACAUUAGCAGGUACUUGCAUUACAAUGUUACAAAAUUGUAGAAUAUAAACAUGACUGUAUCUGCUGUCAAACCACGCAGAAAUCAGCAUGGGACAAAACAGGGCAGAAACUACGUCACUUUCUUCUGCUCUUACGUCACACCUCUCUCAUGUUGAUGAGACUCAGCAGUAGGUUAUUCUUUCCCCAGGCUGAAAGACAGCUAAAUACUGGACUUCAAGAUAUGCACUGAACACUCUCUGGAGCGGAAAUUCAUAGUGCACCCAAAAGGGCUGCGUAAUUUUUUUCUUUUCUUUGUGAAUGUGCUAUUCUUGGCAGGUGAGGCGAGGUCGUACCCGGUAAUUUCCACAGAAACAUCAUUUGGAGUGUCACAGCUGACCUACACGAGAAAUGUGAUUGGACAAUUCUGAAAAUAACGGUUUUGUUAUCAUUCAAAAGAUCAGAGGCACGCAAGACACGCGCGCUCACGUUCAACGCCACAUUGCUGAUUUUAACUAGUAUAUUGCCGUAGGUUAACUGAAAAGAGACUAUAUUUCACAAUAUAACGUCACAUCAUCUAUGUCAUCACCUGCAUCUCAAAAGCACUAUAUGGGAAAUCCGGUAAAGUUAUUUGAAGUCUGUGCCCUCUACAAAAAGUAAUUAAUUAAAAUGUUCUCUCGUGAUGACAAGAUGGUAUUUACAUAUACAUAAGUAAACUUAUCUUAACCGAAAUCAGAAAUGGAAAGAAAGGUCGUCAGGGAGACCAUGAUGAAAUAUUGUGCCCACUUUACCUUCUUUCGGUCCUUUUACCUCGACAUCUGCUUAUGAGUCACCCAAAGGACGUGGACGUUAUGUUAGUAAGAAUAAAUAGUUUCUACAAUAAUGCAGUAAUCCCAUAAAAAUUAUGCAUGUUGGGCAAAGCAGUUCCACCGCAUAAGUGCGAACACAUCACGCGCUCUUUUAUUGGAUAGAAACCGCGCGCGCCAGUUACCAGGGAGCUCCGCAAACGCAAUCAUGGCGCUUGUUGCUGUGCAGAUUUCAACACCACCGAAAUUCAAAAACAACAAACUAAAGUCAAUAACCAUGUCAAACAUGACUGAAAGUAACACACACAAAUUAUCCAAACAUUCAAGUUAAACGAGUCUUUGGGGUGAAGGUAAAAAAUAUAGUAAUACGGACAGAGACGAAUAUUUUUCGUUUUUGUCAGCAGUUGGUCAGAUGUAGAGGCUCCCUAACUUUUCGAGCGGCGAGGUUGUUGCUAUGCAAAACUACACAGUUGUAACUGAGUGGUAGAGAGCAGGUUAAAAGCAGUUAAGGUCACAUCGAUUCUGAUCAGUUUAGCGUUCUCACUCGCACACUGUGGCCAACGACGGAAAACAAAUUGUGUUACAUGGCCAAAAGAGACCACACGAAGUCUCAAUUAAGUGACAGUAUUUUCGCGUGUUAAUAUAUCCGGUUUCCAGUCAUAGUGGUUUAAGUUGAUCUCUUAAAGAAAUAUUUCGGGUUCAUUACAAGUUAAGCUCAAUCGACAGCGUUUGUGACAUAAUGUUGUUUACCAAAAAAAUAAUUUCGACUCGUCCCUACUUUUCUUUAAAAACAUUGAGGCACUUACAGUGGAAGUGAAUGGGGACCAAUUUUUGUAGGGCAGAAAUGUGAAGCUUAUUACUUUAUAAAAGCACUAACGUUAAUUAUUCUGUUAAAAAUUGUGUAUUCUUUGAGUUGUUUAAAUCGUCAUUUUUACCAUCGUUUUAGGGUUUGUUGACAUUAAAUCGUCAUGGCAACAAAGUUGUAAAAUUGAACUUAACUGUACAAAUAAAAGGUUAUUUUUAUCACACUAAAAUCAUGUUAACACACAUAUUGUUUAUGUCUUGUGGCUAUAUUUUUAAAACAGUGAGUAUUUUAAUGUUAACGGAUUGGCCCCAUUCACUUCCAUUGUAAGUGCCUCACUGGAACACAGAUUUUUGCUUGUUUAAAAGAGAAGAAAGCAAUUCAAAAUGAUUAUUAUUAUUAUUAUUAUUAUUAUUAUUAUUAUUAUUAUUAUUUGUAAUCAAUAUUAUGCCACAAAUGCUGUCGAUUGAUCUUAAUUUAUAUUAAUCACCGAAUAUUCCUUUAAUAGUGCUCCCUCUUUCGGUCACUAGAGCUCGCUGUUGAGCUUUCUUGAAAAUAAGAGAAAACCUCCCACCACGGCAGACUGUUCCACGUCAUAUCCGGUUCCCUAUACGGACAAUGAAAAUGACCUCCGUUGAUUUGGAGCACAAAUAAUCUCAUAUAGCAAAUAAAUAGCGCAUAACUACACAGUUUAGCUUUUAUGAUAUUAUUGUCAUAGAGACACCAUCAUGGCGGCUUUGUUUUCAUGUUGUUUCGGCUGUUGUGGAGGCGGUAACAGUGGCCACGUAACACUGAAGGAAAUGCCCACGGUUCAGCUGGACACUCAUCACAUGGGUACUGAUGUUGUCAUUGUAAAGAGUGGAAGACGCAUAUGUGGAACUGGUGGCUGCAUUGCAAAUGCUCCUCUACAUCAAAACAAGAGCUACUUUGAAUUUAAGAUUCAGUCCACAGGUGUCUGGGGAAUAGGAGUGGCAACUCGGAAAGCAAAUUUAAACCAGAUCCCUUUGGGCAGAGACACGCACAGCCUUGUGCUUAGACAAGAUGGCACUGUGUACCACAACAAUGAAGAAAAGAACCGAUUACCUGCUAACAGCUUACCACAGGAAGGAGACAUUGUGGGUGUUACGUAUGACCACGUGGAGCUGAAUUUGUACCUGAAUGGGAAGAAUAUGAACUGUCCGGCAUCAGGCAUUAGAGGAACUGUAUAUCCUGUAGUUUACGUGGACGAUAGUGCAAUACUGGAUUGUCAGUUCAGUGAUUUCUACCAUCCUCCUCCACAAGGCUUCCAGAAGAUUCUUUUUGAGCAGCAGAUCCUUUGAAGUUCAGGACGUGCUGUAUAUACACUAAAGAUGUAGACCCCACGGCCGGGAUUUGAAGUGCUAUGUUUAUGACUGACAUCUACCUAUUGUGUGGCUUUUGUGGCCAAUUGAAAGGACUCAUGUGAAACUGACGCAUACCUUUCUGGCCACUACCAGUACUCAUUUAAAAAAAGUCAUCUAGAUUUCCAGGUCUGUGCACUUUGAUCUAAAAAUGUCAAAUCAGACAUCAAUUAUUUUCGCUUCAUCAAACACUGUACAUUAUAUGUUGUAUUAACAGUGUACCAUUGUGAACAAAUAUGCAUUUUUUUAUGCUUUUUAAUAUGCUUUUUUUUUUUAUUUAAUCAAAAACUGUUCAUAAUUGGGCAAAUUACAACUGACAGUCAUGACUUUAAGAUUUUAUAUUUUCUGCUUUUCAGCUGAACAAAGUGAUACUGACUAAAAAUACUGUUAUAAACUGUCAAUUUUAUUGUCUGUCUGAUGAUGUUGAUGCAUUUAAAAUACCAAUGUUUAACUGCACUCCUGCCCACACAGUAUACAUGAUAAGGUUUUUGAAGAAAUGCACAUAGAUUUCAUUGCCUUUCCAUAUAGCGUUGCUUGUGAUGUACAGUACAUUACGUCUUAUAUCAAGAUAACAGUGUGUGCACAACAUUCUGUGUGACUUGAGACAUAUUGAGAUGGAAAGGUUGUUUACCUUUAAUAUUGAAUGUUUUUUCUUGGGGUUGAAUGAUAAGUGAUCUUAAUUGUGAUUAAAAUAAAUAAAUAUAUAUAUAUAUAUACUGUAUAUAUAAAUUAAUAAAACUUUAAAAAUUACAAAUUCCAAUAAUAUUCACAAUAUUAUUUUUUAAUAUGGGUUUUUGACGCAUAACUGUCCAUGGAAAUUUUUGAUCAUCAAUAUUUUAGGAUAAAAUGUAUUUGAAUAUAUAAGAACAAGUGGAUUUCUACAUUUCUCAUCAUUUUGAACAGCUUUGCCUUCACUGGUUAAUUUUCAGUGGUCCUGCGGUGUGACAAAUUCAUUUUUAAAAGCACAAAUAUCCCAUGGAGUCUCUGCUAAAUUGAGGUAAUAAAAGCUUCAUGUGUAAAAAAUGAUAAAACAUUUAGCAAAAUGCUGUGUAAAAUACUUUCAGUGGGAGCAUAGGCCUUUAGCAGGUCACACCCCAGAACAUUUUCACAAGUAUGUCAUGUCAACUUUUUCAUGUACUAAUCUAACAGGUCAUUUUGUGUCUUGUUUUGUCUUUCAGUAAUAAAAAUGCUUUUUUCAU